AUGCUAUCACCAAAAAUAAUCCGGGCGCGACUGCCUCGCACCAGGGGAAUAACAAUACCGCUCUUACGGCCGCAAGCCAGGAACUCCUCCUACUCAACAAAUGGUUCUUCGUCAUCAUCCAACUCUCUACGGAGAAGCGUGACAAUUAUCGGUUUAGCGGGUGUAAGUACGCCAUUUCUUUGGUGGCUUAUGUCCGGCACCCAGGUCCAGCCUGGUGGUAACGACAAAGUGCCAUAUCUAGAAGAAGGUGCACUACCUGAACAAGGACAUCUGGGCAAUGAAUACGACCCCAGGAGCAGCCUUUCCAAGAAACAAGUGACCAGGCUCAUCUCACAAGAUGCAUACUCGUUUCUGGUCAAGGAUGUUGCUGGUGUGAAUCGGUAUGAUGGUGCCCAGGUAGCUUCGAAUAGUCCCUGCGAAGAUCGGUAUGCGCAUGGGAAGAUUCCCUCGCCGUUAUCGUUAGGCAAUUACGAUGAUGGCGGUGGUGGGAAUCAGCAGUGGAUGGCGUGGGCAGUUUUCGAUGGCCAUUUAGGCUGGCAGACUGCAGAUUUGUUGGAGAGGAAACUCUUGCCUUUUGUGCGGCGCAGGCUGGAGCGAGCUCAGUUGGCCUCUGGUGUAGGGUCUAAUGAAGCUGUCCAGGAGGCUGUUAAGCAGGGAUUCACGGACCUCGAUACAUCUAUCUUUGGGACAGCUCUGGAAACGACUCGGAGCAGUGGGGUUCCUCUACAAGAGAAGGUGGAGAGACUUCUUCCUGCUUAUGCGGGCUCGUGUGCUUUACUAUCACUGUACGACCCAGUCACGAGGAACGUGCAUGUUGCAUGCACUGGGGAUUCGAGAGCGGUUCUCGCACAACAGUUGCCAGAUGGCAGUUGGGAGGCGAUACCGUUGUCGAUUGAUCAGACUGGCAGUAACGAAGAAGAAACCGCCAGGAUCUCCAGGGAACACCCUGGCGAGGAAGGCAUUGUCAAAAAUGGACGGGUGUUGGGGAUGAUGGUCUCACGGGCCUUUGGAGAUGGACAGUGGAAGUGGCCGUUGGAAGUACAGCAGGAUAUGAAACGCAGAUUCCAUGGUCCAGAACCCUUGACGCCGAAGUACGAUGUCCGCACGCCGCCAUACCUGACCGCUGAGCCGGUCGUGACAAGUACGAGGAUUGAUCCCAGCAGGGCCUCGUUUUUGAUCAUGGCAACGGAUGGACUGUGGGAUAUGCUCUCCAGUCAACAGGCUGUUGACCUUGUGGGAAAGUGGCUGAUAUCGUCACGGAGAGAAGACGAUCAUACCUACGGACAAUUUGACUUUGGGCACUUUCGGAAUGGCGUAAACUGGCAAUUUGUCGAGGAGAGAGCAACAGUGCAGGAUGACAAUGCCGCUGCCCAUCUGGUCCGCAAUUCACUGGGAGGGAAUCAUCACGAGUUGAUCUCGGGCCGGCUUGCCUUUACUCCCCCACACUCACGGCGUCUAAGGGAUGAUAUGACGGUGCAGGUUAUUUUCUUUGAUGGCACAGAUCCGAAGAAGAGAAACGGUUGA